AUGAUUAACGAACAAGAAGUUUCUUUUACUGAUUACUUCAAUUUUGAUGAAGUUGAAAUGUACGAUGAAUCAUUUCUAAACUUUAAUCAAAACGAUCAAGUAUCCACACGAUCUAUUUCUCCAACCUUACUUUCUAAUGCAAGUUCUUCCUUAAAAAAAAUCGAAAAUGUUCAAAAUGAGUAUGGUGAAAACGAAAAUGAAAAUAAUGAGGAUGAUGAUGGUCAUAAUAAUUCACCUCAAUUACAAACUCAAUCGUCACCGGAAACAAAACAUCUGGAAUAUAAAGACGCUUUGGAAAUUAAAAGAAAAAUGUGUCCGAAAUUCGCGAACCCAGAUUGCAAUUUAUUAAAUUGGACCUUUGUCCAAAUUGACGCGCCAUUAUAUUUUAAUUAUGAUACCGCGGACGGAU